AGGGUGCGGGAGGCGGAGCCCCGGGAAAGGCGGGGCUGGGCGGCCGAGGAGGAGGCUGGACCUGAGAUGAGUGUGCCAGGUCUCGGCGCAGCAGCCAGGCAGCGGCCCGCUCCGGGGCGGGACCAGAGGCGUUAACCCCUUCGUGGCCGCGGACACAUUAACCCCUUGGGGCCUGGCGCGGACUGAACUCGGCUUGGCGGCUGCCCGCUCCCGAUGCGCCGGGCGGAGAGCGCCCGCCCCUGAGCCGCUGGGGCACGAGACCCGCCUGAGGCGCUGAGCCCCGGCCCGCGAGCAGCAGGAGCGGCCGGGCCAUGGCUGACCCCCUGCUCGCCGAGCGCCCGCAGCCGCCGCCCGGCCAGAGCUCGGCCGCGGAGCCCGGCCCGGCCCGGAGGGGGGCAGCGGGAGGAGCCGAGCCGCAGGCUGGCGGCCCGCGGGCGGCGGAGAGCGCGUGUCGGGCUUGCCCGCCCGCCGGGGCCGGCCAGGCCCGGGGCCGCCCGGAGGGAGGCGAAUGGGCCGCCGGGGAGGGGCCGCCUGCCGCGGAUGGACAAAGCGAUGCCGGGGGCGAGGAGGAAUGGCGGCAGCCGCAGCUGGGCAAGAAGAAGCACCGGCGGCGCCCCUCCAAGAAGAAGCGGCACUGGAAGCCCUACUACAAGCUCACCUGGGAGGAGAAGAAGUUGUUUGAUGAGAAGCAAAGCCAGCGGGCUUCCAGGCUCCGGGCGGAGAUGUUCGCCAAGGGGCAGCCCGUGGCUCCGUACAACACCACCCAGUUCCUGAUGGAGGAUCAUGAUCAGGAGGAGCCGGAUCUGAAGACUGGCCUGUACCCCAAGAAGGCUGCGGCCAAGUCAGAUGAUACCAGCGAGGAGGACUUCCUGGAGGAGGCGGCAGACGAGGACGGGGGCAGCGACGGGAUGGGAGGCGACGGCAGUGAGUUUCUCCAGAGGGAUUUCUCCGAGACUUACGAGAGAUACCAUGUGGAGAGCCUGCAGAACAUGAGCAAGCAGGAGCUGAUCAAGGAGUACUUGGAGCUGGAAAAAUGCCUUUCCAGGAUGGAAGAUGAGAACAACCGGCUGAGGAUGGAAAGCAAAAAAUAUGGGGGGGACUCUGCAGAGGAUCCUAGGGUAAGAGAACUAGAGCUGGAACUGGACAGGUUGAGAGCUGAGAACCUGAAGCUGUUGAAAGAGAAUGAACUUCACAGACAACAGGAGAAAUCUCUUUCCAAGUUUGGAGAGUGAAACUUUAGGGGGGUGGGUGGGGGUGGGACUUUUUACAUUGAUGGAAUGUAACAUUAUAUACAUGUGUAUAUAAAAGACAGUGGAUCCUUUUUAUGAUGCAUAAUCAGAAUAAACCACAGCCUUGUAUUGUUUUUGAAGCUAUAGCUAUAGUGUAGUGUGUGUUCUGUUAACUAUGUGCAACUGAGAAUUCCCCCCCUUAAGAUAAAUGUGACUCAAGGGGAGGGGUGUGUCUGUUUGAUGUGCAAGUAAAUUUGACUCAACUUAUGAUGCAUUUUAUGUUUAAACCAAAAGGGGGAAAAUCCAGGGGGAGGGGGGGAAAACCCUAGGGAAUUGUAAAUCGGCCAAAUUCUGAAACAAUAAAAUUCAUUAUAGAGUUCUAAUAAAUUUAAUUACUUGUAAAUGUAACAGUUUCAGUGUGAUUUCUAGAAGAAUAUUCAAAAUAGCAUUCUCCUAGGUGGGAAUAUGUUUUGAAUAAUGAUUCGAGUGAUUUGUAUUUUUAAAUGGCUUAUAUUGCCUAAUAUAAAAUCAACAGAACUAAAGCUUAGACUUAAUUCUUUUGCAUCUCUGCUCCCUGCAGCUCACAGAACUUCCUAUUUCCAAUUCUAAAACACUAACGCUCUAAUGUAAGUGGGUUCAUAAGCCCAUUUUGUGUUCUGGUGGCUUAGCAAAUAUUUUUGCUGUAACAAAAGUAAAUGCAGCUGGGUUGGUGGGCAAGUGGUCAGUUCUAUACUUCUACUUUAUCAUGUUUUUGUAGUAGUCAUUCACUUAUUCUAACAAAUUACACUAAUGUUGGCCUGCCUUAAGUUUCAAGGAUAGUUCUGAAUUUCUAAUCUCAUCUGUCUAGAGCUGCUAAGAACCUAAAUAAGCACUGCCUACAACAUUUGUGUUUAGAGGCACCUUGAUUUUUUUAAUAUACUUUAAACUGCAGAACAGAAAUCUGAUUCUUUAAUAAAUGCUUAGUAAAAUUGUGCAAUAACCUUUAGGAGUUUUAAUGUACAGAAAUGUGACCCAUAAGUGAUGGGGAUAAUACAAUUUUUCACUGACCUACCUUAUCUUAAAACCUAUUUUUCUAAUAAUGAGAAUAAAAGCAAGCUACAGGGGAGAAAAAAGAUCUGUAUUCUCUCCCAACCACUCUGUAUAGUGGAGUGUGGUGUCAAUUUUCCCUUCUGCUGAAAAUUUUGCACUUUUAUGUAAUUGCAGAGGGUCAGACUCAGGACAUUCUCUCAGUGCAUAGAGGAGUGAGAUCUCCUUCACCCUAAAAGACAACCUGGUGUGGAUAGUAGUAAAGCCAUAACUAGUAGCCAUUUAAACACAUGCAAUUUUCAAUUCAUCAACCUAAUACUGAGUGUGACUAUUUCUACUAAUUUUGAUACUAGCCUGUAUGUACAGUUUACCAACCCUAUCUAGUCAGUGUCUGAGCAGCAACUAGGCUUAAACUACAAUAUGCAAGUGGAGCAAAUUAGAUUCACCAGCUAAAGGCAAUUACAGCUGGGAUGGGCAGCACAAGUAAUCCACAUUUCAAAUAGAAAUUGUACAAAUUAGUCCAGCUGGCCAUGCAAUGACCUAGGGCCUCCACUAUUAAGGAUCAAGAUGGAUUUUAACUACAUGUUCCUGGCAGAAAUUCUGCUUUAAGGCAUGUAUUGCUAUCAAUUCUUCUUUUUGAAAGAAAAACAGAAAAUAUUAAAGAUCUAUUUGUGAUAAAUA